GAUAAGUUGUGGAUUUCUAUCUACCUUAUUUUUCAAUGCGGAAGUAAGCUGUUUUCUGAAAAUGUGUUAGAUGUCCAGUUCAAAAUCCACCAGAGGGAAAUAACGAGAAGAAUAUCGAAGUGCAGUAAAAGAUGCAUUAUGGUUGGAAAUCCAUGACUGGCUUUACCCAAAGGCAGAAAAAGUCAAUUUCGCCCAGUUUAGGCAAUCAUGGCUCUUCUAAUGGAGCACCAGUUCCGGCAACUUCCAGCCGACAAACAAGUGGAAACCCGGCCGUUUCUCGAGGCGGUGUCUCACCUUCCUCCUUUCUUCGAUUGCCUCGGCUCUACUAUUUUUUCCCCCAUCAAAGCUGACAUUGUGGGUAACAUCACUAAAAUCAAGGCUGUGUAUGACACCAACCCUACCAGGUUUAAAACCCUUCAGCACAUUUUGGAAGCAGAGAAGGAGAUGCAUGGAACUGAGUGGCCAAAAGUAGGAGCAACUCUUGCCCUCAUGUGGCUAAAAAGGGGGCUACGCUUCAUCCAGGUUCUUCUCCAGAGUCUAGUGGAUGGGGAUAAAGAUGAAAGCAACCCUAACCUCAUCAGAGUAAACGUCACCAAAGCUUAUGAAAUGGCAUUGAAGAAGUAUCAUGGCUGGUUUGUUCAGAAGCUCUUUAAAGCAGCACUAUAUGCCGCUCCAUACAGAUCAGAUUUUCUCAAAGCUCUUUCUAAAGGGCGAGAGGUCAAGGACGAAGAAUGCUUAGACAAAGUGCGGCAGUUCCUAGUAAACUUCACAGCUACUAUUGAUGCCAUCUAUGAAAUGUACACCAAGAUGAAUGCAGAGCUGGACUACACUGUGUGAUCUCUCAAUCACAAACGAGCAAACUUCAGACCUCAUCUUCUGCCCUCCCACUGGAUUACUGUUGCCUCCCAUCAGACGCCUCCUUAGUCUCCUCAUUGGACCGUUCUUCUCCUACUGGAUUUUGCAUCUCUGCAGUACACUGUUGUUUUCUCUUUGGGGACAAUUAGGGUCCAAGCUGCUGAAGACUUUAAUGGUUUCGGAAGGGAGGAUGUCUGCUGUUGUUUGUUCUGCUCAUGCUUUUCUUUAGAAAAGUAGUAUUCUUAAAAAAGACAGUUUGUGACAGUGUUUAUAACUUUAACUACUGAUUAUUUCUGUUUGAUUCUUAAUACAUGUGCACUUUAAGUAUGUGUAUGGAAUGGUUCUGUAUGUUCCUUUAACAAUAUACUGCAAAUGAGGGUUUUAAUUUUACUUAUAUAAAUUAUACCAAAACAAAAGUCUGCGGACUGUAUAACCAAAUAUCUGACAUUGACUGCACUGCUGUUUGUUCUAUUUUAUAAUAAAUACUUGAAUAUGACAUAAAAUAUACAAAACCACUUCCUCAGAAGUGACAGUGAAGCCACACUUUUGAGUGGUGAAACAUAUUCAGUAAAUAGCAAAAACAUAUAAUAUUUUCUUAGAUUUACUUCUACAAGACUUAUUAAGACUUAUUAUAUGGAUGACUGAGAAUCUUCAUAGACGUAAUAUAAUGGAUGAGUAUUGUUGUUUUGUAGGUUUUAGUUUGUCAUUUCCAAAGGUUAAAUUCAUUCAAACUGCUUUUUAGAAAUAAAUGUGUGAAUUUUUUUGACAAAACUGAAGCAGUACAUCAUGAUGACCGUGUGACUGAUGCCUUCUGGUGCUGUUUUGCUCUUCCACUGUAAUUUAUUAUCUUAAUGUGUAGUCUCUUUAAAAUCUCAUUAAAAUCAUGAC